GAUGACGUCAUCAUUUAUUGUGCAAGGUGCUUGUGAAAGGAAUUCGAAGAAGUGAGGUUUUUUCAGUACAUUACUGCCUCAUGUAUCAUGUGUGUACGGAUGCAUUUGUGUAGCCCCAGAUAGUAGUGAAGGCCACUCCAGACUGUAGGAAGAUGUCCGAAAAUUCAUCAGAAUUCACCGAUGCCACGAGGAAUUCUGGCUCGUCUCGCCCAUCCUCUGAUAUCAGCGGCACCAAUGUUCCUCUGGUUUUGAUCAGUGCUUACGAGGAACAACUGAAGAGAAAUAAAUUAGGAAAGCCUUUACCCAAGCUCCCUUCUGCCAGAUUUUGCUACACAAACUGGCAUGAGUUGCCGCACACUGAUCUCCAUGGCAACCAGCUGCAUGCUCCGAGGGUCAGAGAAGCCCCAGAAGAAAAAGAAAUGACCUUCUACUCGGCCAAGGACGCCAGUGACCGACCACUCCAUCAUUCCAGGCAAGGCAAGGAGAGGAUGGACUACAGAGAUAAGACAGAAAACUGGGAACAGGCAGAGGUCUGCAACCUUUCCUUCCAAGAGCUAUCGGAUGCAUACCAGAGAGAGAAUUUUAAGCGUAUCCUGAAGCGUUUGCUGAGAGUCCAGGAUCUGAUCCUAGUGGAAGACAAACUGACAGAGCUCAGCAGCUUUUCUUUUCCACUCUGCACCCAUCUGAAUCUUAACAGAAAUUAUAUUUCUUCUUUCAAGGAUCUUCCCAAAAUUCCACGUAUCCAGUACUUGACUAUAUCAGAUAAUAACAUAGUGAACCUGAAUGGAUUGGAUAAUUUGAGGAAAACAGAGCUAAGAGAAUUAAACCUCAAGAGAAACCCUGUGGCUUUUACUGAAAAUUAUAGACCAAGGGUGUUUAAAAUUUUACCACAGCUGAAAGUGCUGGAUGAUAUCCCCAAGCUUCCGUCUGAUGAAGUUUUUGAUGAAGAAGGUCCACAGUCAGAGGGAGGAUGUCUCAUUUCAUAAGAUGCAGCCUCACUAGAAGUCAGAUGGACUUUAAGACAGUUUAAAUAUUCAGGAGUUUUACUUAUAUGAAAGAAAUCUUGAUGUUCACGAGCAUAGAACGUAGAAGAAAUUCAUUGGGACAUUGGGAUUAGUUUUGUGUUACAUUUGGCAAGUCGGAUUUCUCACUUUGUACUUAAAUUGUCUCUUUUAUAACUAUGGGUGUAAACCAAUACAUUUCAAUUUGUGAUUAUUA